AUGCUCGAUUUCUCUGUCAGGAAUCACAACUAUGCCGAUGUUCUCCUUCUCGCACACCGCUCCAAUUCCAUCUCUAGGUGUUUCCCCUCCAACCCGCUCGUGCAGUGCGUCAAGGCCGAAUGCGAUGCGCGUGUGGAGGCGAUGCUCGGCCAGCUUCUACGCAUGCACAGCGAGCAGGCCAAGCUCCGCCCGCUCUUCUGCGUGGUUGGCUUCCUCCACAAGAUGGAUAUCCCCUUCAAGACUAUCGAGAUUGCGAAGAAGGCGGCAGAGAGCACGAGACGGAGGCGCGAGAUAUCUAAAGAGAACUUGCUGUCUCUGCUCCGAGGACCUCCGCAUAUCCCUGAUCCGUCCUUACCUACCUCGCUGCUUACACAGUUGGUUUACUGUGCCAACUCUUUCGCGCGUGUGGGGGUGGAUCUCAGGGCGCUGCUCGCGCUGAUUUUCAUUGACGCGGUGUGGAGUGGAGUGGUGCCGAAAAGGAAAUUGAGGAGGCCAUUAAAUGCCGGUCUGAAAGGUUGGGUCAUGCAGGGAGAGCGGUACGAACGGGUCUCAAGCCAACUUAGCAAUAUCUGCUGCCAGACCUUCUCAGUUUUCGUGGCCUCGACAUCACUUGCCUCUCCGCCGCUUCCUACGAAGGCGAAAUUGAAUACGGUCAUAUCUGGCCCACCGGACGAUCAUCCGCCCACACUUGUCUCGUACCCUGCUCUAGCACAAUCUGCCAAAAUGCAUUCCUACAGGCCUCAACAGCCUCCGUACGCUUGCUCUCGUAGAAGUGCUCGACGACCUCUGUCGGCGGCAGAACAAUAUUUAAAUGGCGGUGGGGAAGAGGAACAGAAGCAUUUGGAGGUGGUGAGGGCAGCGGGGACGGCCUAUGUGGAGGUGUUCGUGCCAUUCUUGAGGCGGGCUCUGGUGGAGGUGUAUGGCGUUGUGAUGAAAGACAAAGAGAUUCCGAUGGAAAAGGAGCUGCGGGUUACUUUGGAAAGAUAG